GGGCAAGAUAUAGCGGCGAGACGGCCAAUUUUUUAUGGCGAAAAUUGUCUAGCAAAGUUUGGAACUAUUUUGAAUUGUGUAUUAUUUAUUAUUAAUUUAUUAAAUAAUAUUCAUAAUAAUAGAUUGCCCCUCGGUAUUUGUUAAAGUAUCUGCCAAUAAGUAAGAUAUAAGCAACUGGUAUCUGUUUUGGCCACUUUCCUUUUUGUGAUUUCUUCAAGCGCAGAUUCUGAAUCGAUAAAUAGAAACAACAAAGGGAACAAUUCAUCUGCAAAAUGCUACUGCAAAGGAACAAAUUAGGCAGUGUGCGCCCACCGAAACGUUGCAGAAGCGACAUGGACACUACCUCCACAUCGGAUAUUGUCAUUAUUAAUGGCAAUUCGCAUCCCGAUUUGGCCAAUAUGGUGGCUGAACGUAUGGGCCUGAAAAAUGGCGGCUGUUCGGUGUUCCAUAAAUCGAAUCGUGAGACAAUUGUCGAGAUAAGCGAUUCGGUCAGAGGCAAGGAUAUCUACAUCAUACAAACUGGCACCAAGGAUGCCAAUAACAACAUCAUGGAAUUACUAAUUAUGGCCUAUGCCUGUAAGACAUCUUCGGCUCGCUCCAUUGUUGGAGUCAUACCCUAUUUGCCCUACUCCAAGCAAUGUAAAAUGCGCAAGCGUGGCUGCAUUGUCUCCAAAUUGUUGGCCAAAAUGAUGUGCACUUCCGGACUAACACAUAUUAUCACCAUGGAUCUGCACCAGAAGGAGAUACAAGGCUUCUUUGAUAUACCAGUUGAUAAUUUGAGGGCAUCUCCCUUUCUGUUGCAGUACAUUCAGGAGAGCAUACCCGAUUAUAGAAAUUCCGUCAUUGUGGCCCGUAAUCCAGGUGUGGCCAAGAAGGCUAAUUCAUAUGCAGAACGUUUACGUCUCGGUCUGGCUGUCAUUCAUGGCGAACAAAAGGAAGCGGAAAGCGACGAAGUCGAUGGCAGAUAUUCGCCACCACCAACCAGAAACUCUACUCCACAACAUGCCCCUAGCAGUAGCCGUACGCGCACUACAUCGGUGUCGGUGGGUGUGCCGGAGCAUCCCAUCAAGGUGAAGCCGCCACUUACCAUUGUGGGUGAUGUUAGUGGAAAAAUUGCCAUUAUGGUGGACGAUCUAAUUGAUGAUGUUCAAGCAUUUGUGGCAGCUGCAGAGAUGCUAAAGGAUAAUGGAGCAUGUAAAGUCUAUGUUUUAGCCACACAUGGUCUCCUCAGUUCGGAUGCUCCACGCCAGCUAGAAGAAUCCCUAAUUGAUGAGAUUGUUGUCACCAAUACCAUUCCACAUGAGAUACAGAAGUUGCAGUGUCAUAAGAUUAAAACAAUUGAUAUAUCCAUUCUGAUUGCUGAAGCCAUACGUCGCAUACACAACAAGGAGUCCAUGUCAUAUCUAUUCCGCAAUGUUACUCUGGAGGAUUAGGAAAAUAAUAUGUUAUCCAUACAUUCAAAAUGGAUAUACAAACACACACACCACCUACACACACACACUCGUACACAUUACAUGUUUAGUUUAUUGUAUGAAGUCACAAAAAAAAAAAACCGAAGAGAACUAUGAAGAAAAAGUUUCAUGGCAACUGGAUCUCAAGUUGCGCUUUA